AUGGAGAAAAACGCGAGUGUACACGGUAUAUUUGAUGAUUUAUCAAAUAUUAUUUCAUUCUUCAUGAGAAUUCCAUAUUUGUAUUUAUUCUGGAAAAAACCAUCAUCUGCUGCAACAAGAUUACCUUAUUAUCCUAUUGAUCAACACACUUUUUAUUAUAUUUGUUAUCAAGAGUUUCAUAAUUUUCUGGUUAUAUCUCUUCCAAUGCUCAAUUCUCUUGGAGAAAGUGCUAUGCAUAUUACUGCUCUGUAAAUUUUUUUGAUAGGUUCGGAAUUGAUAGUUUUUUUUUUGAAAUUUCAGAAUUGUUUCAAAAUCGGAUAUCUCAAGAUAUAUUAUUUGGCCAGGUAUUUUAUUCCCAUUUAUAACUGUUCUACAAAGAACUUGUCUGGUCUGUUCAAAAUUUCAAAGAUUUCAAUUAUAUUUCAAAGGAAAGUGGUUGCAAGGUUAUUUUAUGGCAACUCAUGCGCUGGUUUUUGCGCUGUAUUUUUAUAAUUUUCAUAAAAAAUUUGAUACAUCUGAAACUUGUCAGAUGGCUAUGUUUUUGAUUGAAAGCAAUGUAUCAAAAAUUGAAAAUGUUUCAAUUACGGAGGUUUGUUUCAAACUAUUGCAUUGAAUUAACUUUUUCAAUAUUAUUCAGCACUACCUCAAUAGAACUGCUUCUAUUUUUGAGCUUGUUCUUCCGGUUUUCUCUCUUACAAUAUCAAUCUGUGUAAUUGGUUAUAUCUAUAAGAGUCCGAGUAUGCCAGCCGAGAGGCAGAAACGUGAAAUAAUUCUGGUCAAGCAACAUAUUCCAAUCUUCAUUUUUCCUUUUGUUAGUUUGACAUCUUGAUAGAACAUGAAAGGUUUAUUUCAGAUAAAAACCUUGAUGGUUUUGUUCCUUCUUGCAUGGCGAACUCAAACAAUCAUUCCUGUUUCAAUUGCCAAAUACAUCCUAUGUUUCUACACUGGAGUUAAUGAAAACAUCAUCCCAAUCACAUAUGUGAUUUCAAAUUUCGAACAAGUCCGUGCAGUUCUCAAACGCAAAAGAACAACUAUAGUACCGGGCUCAUCGGCUACACUUUGA